CGGAAAAUAAAGGUUCCGCUUCCGGAAGCGGUCGAAGACGCUCGCGAGCACCGAAGAAGACGACCGAGGAUGUCACGAACCCAUGCACGAACCCGAGGCUGAAUUAAAAUCUGUUUCUAUGCUGGUUUCCACUUCGAGAGGACAACUGCACGACAUAUCUGUCUGAGAAGAAGAAAGAAGAAGAGGGUGUUCCUGCAGGUUCUAGUCCACUCUGGUCGUCUCCGUUUUUCUACUGCGCAGCGUUGAGGCACCUGCUGUGUAAAGUUAUCCCAGCCUGUAUUACUGCCUGCUCUUGGGGUGGCAGUGAACUAACGUGAGGAGCGGAGAGAUGGACCAGAACAACAGUAUAUCAGCCUUCCAGGGGCUGGCCUCCCCUCAGGGUGCCAUGACCCCAGGCAUGCCAAUCUUCAGUCCCAUGAUGCCAUAUGGCUCAGGCCUGACACCCCAGCCAGUCCAAAACACCAACAGUCUGUCUAUACUGGAGGAACAGCAGAGGCAACAACAACAGCAGCAGCAGCAGCAACAGCAACAACAGGCGCAGCAGGCUAAUACAGGCCUUCCAGGUACGUCGGGGCAGACCCCUCAGCUUUUCCAUUCCCAGGCAGUAGCAGGCUCGACCACCACAGCGCUACCAGGGAACACCCCACUCUACAGCACCCCGCUGACUCCCAUGACCCCUAUCACACCGGCCACACCAGCCUCCGAGAGCUCUGGAAUAGUACCGCAGCUACAAAAUAUUGUAUCUACCGUAAAUCUGGGCUGUAAACUGGACUUGAAGACCAUCGCCCUGAGAGCCAGGAAUGCCGAGUACAACCCAAAGCGUUUUGCUGCCGUCAUCAUGAGAAUACGAGAACCCAGGACCACUGCCCUCAUCUUCAGCUCUGGAAAGAUGGUCUGCACUGGAGCCAAGAGUGAGGAGCAGUCCAGAUUAGCAGCCAGAAAGUAUGCUCGUGUGGUUCAGAAGCUCGGUUUUCCUGCCAAGUUCCUGGACUUCAAGAUUCAGAACAUGGUGGGCAGCUGCGACGUGAAGUUCCCCAUCCGGCUGGAGGGAUUAGUUCUCACACAUCAACAGUUCAGCAGUUAUGAACCGGAGCUCUUUCCAGGGCUAAUUUACAGAAUGAUCAAACCCAGAAUUGUCCUGCUCAUCUUUGUUUCUGGGAAAGUUGUACUCACAGGUGCCAAGGUGAGAGCAGAGAUCUACGAAGCGUUUGAAAAUAUCUACCCCAUCCUGAAAGGCUUCCGCAAGACAACGUAGGACCUGUAGUUCCUUCUUUUACCAUCUCCCCUACCCCGUCUCUUUUUACUUUUUUUUUUUUAAAUUCACAUGGAAGUGUCAUCUAUAUGUUGACCUCUACAAGUGGGACUCCUGUAAGGGCUGUUGUACAGGGAUGUGAUUUAGUCACUUUUUUUUUUUUUUUAACUUUUUGUCCCUCUGGUGUUUCAGAUUUUUUGGAAAAACAAGCUUUUUAAAAGUCUGUUUUGUGUGUUCUGAUCACACGUGAUUGUAUAUUUAAAACUCAAUCCUUUCCAUUUAUUUCCAGCUGUUUCAGUUGAUGCCCAGUCUUUCAGUUUUUUUGUUUUUUGUUUUUUUUUGUCCCACUCACAUCCCUGAUUGUACAUAAGAUUGUAAGAAAAUGUAAAAAUUGCUGACUGGUAAGGAGGCGGUCUGACUGGGACUGUUGCUGUUUUUAUUUCACACAGUUUUAAAUAGUUUUGUACAUUGCAUUUUUAGUAAAUGUCUGCUCACUCUCCCAGUUAUAUAAAGAUGUGUUCGGGUCUAUCAGGCCCACAUUCCUAUUACAGUAUUUGCAAAGAUUUUAGUUUCUCAAGACUGCUCAUCUCAAACCAAAUCAGUCUGCUUUUUGAGAGUUUUAUCCUUAUACGAUGUACAUUUAAAUCAACUGGAUCUGGGUUCAGCGUAGUCCUAAUUUCAUAAAUGUUGGAGAUGGAUUUCUCUUUAAAUUAAAAAAAAAAAAAAUGUCAACCUGACACAUAGUAUAGUCCAGUCUGUUAAACAGUCUGCAGUCACAAGUUGGAUGCUCUUAAAUUUUGAAUUGACAGAAGUUAAACUAAACUGAUCCAAGUCCUGCUGCUGAAGUUGUCAUCAAGUUGUUGGUUGGUUCCACAAGGUUUGUGUCACUCAGUUUUGGUUUCUAAUACAUUUGUACUUAAAUCUCUGGCAGGGGUGGAGUCUGUAAAAAGAAUAUUCUAUAGAAACAGUUCACAUGUUGCAAUUUCUGAGAGAAAUAUUUCAAUGGUUACAUUUUUAUAUAUGUAUAUAUUAAUUUUUUUAAUUUUUUUUAUUAUUAUUAUUAUUAUUAUUUUUAAAUUUCAAUUCUAAUGAAGUGAGUCCAGCCUUAAAGGGAACGAUGAUCUGAAACUUUUGGAGCUAACAGGACAUCUUGUCUGUAAGAGCAGUCAGGAUCAGAAAUUUAAACAAAUUCAGCCGCAACUAAAAUGGGAAGAAGACACACUUACUCUUAGGUGAAGGAAGAGGCUGACUACUUUAUCUUUAAUUCACAUUCUGCAUCUGAAAUUCAUUAGCACUAAAAGAUACAAUGUAUCAUGUUGCCAUGUUUAUGUAUUAUUUUAAAGUUUUUCUAUGUAUUUUUUGGCCAUUUAAAACUAUAUGUAAAAGUUUUCUUUUGAGGAAUUAUUUCUGAGCGUAGACAAAUGUGAAUCCGUCUUGCUUGCCCAUGCUGUUUGCUCAGCUGCACACUUGGCCAAAAAUCUACAUUUAAUUGAGUUUAAAUUUUGGGCACUUGUUGGUGUGUGUGUGUCACACAGGCAGUUUCAACUGGACACAUCCUUGAUAAAAACGUAAAAGUUAAGCAAAUAACCAAUUCAGAAUGUUGGCUUUACAAUGCAUCUGUUUUCACCACCCGUGUGUCUGCCACCCUAUGUCUGUCUGGACAACACAACUGGAGAAGAGAUCUGGUUAAAUACUAUUCUACCCCUAAUAUCUAGAAAUUCAUUUCUGUGAUUCUGAGCAGUGGCCAUGCAGAGAACCAGGAAGCCCUAUCACAUUUAAAUGUAAUUCUGCUUCUUCUGAAAUUGUUAAUGUGCUGCACUGUGCAUUAAUAAAUGUGUACAUACUGACUCUCUUGUUAAA